AUGGAGCCUAUUAAGAUUCGGUUGCCUCAUCCCUACUUGACCACCUACUAUCUAAGGCCUUCUGACAAGCUUCAUUGUGGAAAACAACUACUUCAGUUACAAAAGGCUAAAGGGAAGGAAUCGCAACCAUUCACUCAAGCUUUAGACAACGACAAGCUUUACUUUGAGACGCCGCGUGUCGUCAACCCAGAAGAAGCGAUCUCCUUGUCUGACAACACUGCUUGGGCACGAGCACAGCGAAGUCCAUCAUGCCUCUUGACCUGGGAGGGCACUUCUUUACCGACAGUUGGCCAAGUCUGGCUCUUUCUCUACACAUUGUUUACAGUGCGUGAAGAGAUCGAGACUUUCCGUCUCCAUUUCCAAGGCCACAAUGCCGAAGCGUUGGCACACAUUCUCAGGCUCUCAAUGGUGGCCAUUGAUCAUCCACUGCCCAUCAGCAAUUCUGUCCAAUGGCAGUCUCUUCCAAAUGAGCUAUUGGUUUUGCGCAGCGCCUUCUGGCAAGGAUGUGCGUCUCCUCUGGGCUCUCAGCCCAUAUGGCUCCCGACCUGGAACUCCGCCAAAGCCGUCCCUCACCUCGACUAUACCAUGACCUCUAGCGAAACUAUGCACCGUCGUCACCCUCGCCGUCACCCCAAACCCACACCCGGUUCCAUUGUGUACAGUCGCUACAUCCCCUUCCUCGACGAACAUUUCUCGCUCGUCGCGUUAGAUUACCAGAAACCCGAGCAUCUGAACCUUUUCCAUACUUGGCAAAAUGACCCCCGUGUCGCCAAGGGCUGGAAAGAAACUGGUACCCUGGACCAACACCGUGACUACUUGCGACGACAGCACGAUGAUCCUCACACCCUGACCGUUCUGGGUCUCUUCAACGACACCCCAUUCUCAUACUACGAGAUUUUCUGGGCCAAGGAGGAUAAUAUAGGCGCACACUACGCAUCGCAAGAUUUUGAUCGCGGCCGCCAUACUCUUGUGGGGAAUGAUGCAUUCCGCGGCCCCCAUCGGGUGAUGGCAUGGUGGCCGAGCAUGAUCCAUUAUGUUUUCCUCGAUGACCACCGUACAGAGAACGUGAUUGGGGAGCCGAUGUCAAACAAUGAUAAAGUUUUGACCUAUGAUUAUACGUUCGGUCUUCACCAAGACCAGAUCAUUGAUCUGCCUCAUAAGCGGGCUAGUUUGGUGAAGUGUACCCGUGAGCGAUUCUUCCAGAUUUGUCCAUUUAACCAAGGAAGCCCUCACAUUGCAGGCACUGGUUUGGCUUUUAAGCCUCGUUUGUAA